UGACCAAGGUGAUGUCUAACCAAAUAGACGACCAUAAAUAAACCAUAUAUAUAAACACAAAACCGUAUAGGCCAGACAGAUAAAAUAAUUGUAGGCUUCAAUGAAGUACACUUCAAUCGUCACUGUUUUGAUCACUCUAACUUUACUUCAUCUUCGUCAAAAAUGUAUCUAUGGUGAUGAUAGCUGCUCAGGUAAUCCAAAAGUUCUAUUCCUAUCUCUUGAUGGAUUUCCCUAUCACUACUUUGAUUUGGCUGAACAAAAUAAUAUCAAUCUGUCAGCGUUUAAAAAAAUUCAACAGUCUGGCGUUUAUGUGCACAGGUUGACAAAUGUCUUCCCAUCUUCAACAUUCCCAUCACAUUAUACCAUGGCUACUGGACUUUAUCCUGAAAGUCAUGGAAUAGUCGAUAAUGCCUUCUAUGAUCCAAUUAUUGAUACCACAUUUCGUAUAGGAAAUCCAAAAUCAGCAAAUGAUUCUCGGUUUUUUGAUGUCGGUGCUGAACCGAUAUGGGUGACAAAUCAACUACAAGGUUAUAAGACUGGGAUUGUUUUUUGGAUUGGAAGUGAAGCAGAAGUGAAAGGAGUCAGACCAAAUUUCUACUUGAAACCAUAUAAUGGCAGUAUCCCAUUUGAACAACGAAUUGACCUUCUAAUGAAUUGGUAUGAAAAUGAAGGAAUUAAUCUUGGCCUUUUGUACUAUCAUCAACCAGACAAGGCAGGACAUAUUUACGGUGCAGGAAGCCAUGAGGUACUCGAAUCUAUCGAGUAUAUCAACAGUCAAUUAGAAUAUCUGCUAAUGUCAAUCGAGUCACGACCGAAUCUUAAAUGUUCUCUGAAUUUAGUUGUAUCUAGUGAUCACGGAAUGGCCAAUAUGAGUGCAGAUCGAAUAAUAUAUUUGAAUGACUAUAUAGAAAGUAGUGAAUAUCUUUCAACGCCUCAACGAUUCGCAGUAGUUUGGACAUUAUGGCCCAAAAACGGAAGUUCUGCAGAAUCCUUGUAUCGGAAACUCAAAGGUAAACAUCAAUACAUGAAAGUGUACCUAAAGGACAAACUACCGAAACGUUUACACUUUGAGAAGAGUUGGCGUAUUGGUCCUGUGGUAGUCUUUGCAGAUUUGGGCUGGACGAUUGCGGCUGAACGGAAUAGCCUAUACAGUUUCACACUUAAAGGUGGUCAUGGAUACGAUCCAAUUAACGAAGAGAUGUCCUCAUUUCUCAUGGCUAUGGGACCUCGUGUGAGAAACAAUCAUACCGAUUUAUCCGAUGGCGAUGUUCACUUAGUAGACAUAUACGACAUGCUUUGUCUUCUGCUCGAUCUAGAACCAGCACCAAAUAAUGGCAGUAUUGAUCGAAUUCUUCCUUUCUUAACCCUUCAGAGAAAUGGAUCCAACUCGAAAAGAAUACAAAGCACAGCUUACAUCGUGGUUAUCAUUGUGUCUAUUUUGAUGUCACACAUUGCUUUGUUUCCACUGUCAUCAAUGUAAAUUUUCCAUAUGACUAUUAGACAUAACACUAGAUAAUUUAUUCUGUCAAUGUCUCGCUCGAUCGCUCGCUCGCUUGCUUGCUCACUCGCUGUCAAUUAGAUACUUUGCUUUCUUAAUAAUCUGUCUAUAUUUUUAUAGGAAUGCAGUUCAUAGUAUAUAAAACUUUGUAUGUUUUCUUCUGAAUUAGGCAACUAGAGUUACAGUGAUGAAUAAAUUCUUGUCCUGUUUUAAACUUCACAAUAAAAGUCAAAAAAAAGUCUCUGAUAAAUAGAAUUUCAUAAAAUAGGAAGAAAUAUCCAUAAGUCUGCAUGUUUGAACUUGCACACACACAGUCAGACAGAGAGUAGGAAGACUGUACAAUUAAAGGGAAUCAUACUUCGAGAAUAUGGAAGAUGAUCUGCUUUCGUUCCGUCUUCAUUUUCCCUCCCUUACUAAUGCUGUUAUUAUUAUUAUUAUUAUAUUAAAAUAAGUUUGUUAAACACUACAGUGAUCUUCAUCACACUUUCUGUAUGUUGUAAAUCACUGAUUGAUUCUUCAACCAA